CGAUUUAAAACUUUCUGGCACUCUGUUGACUUUACGAAUUCCCAAAAGCACCCCCACUUAUGUGUUUCUUUGGAAGCGGUGUGUUUUCUGUGUUUUUAAUUGUCGGUUUUCCAAAAAUCUCAAGUUUCGCUUUCGUUUUUUGAGUUAGACGUAAAGGAAAACUUCUAAAGGAACUUAAUAUAAAAUAUCCUUCUUACUCAUGGCUUCUGUUGACAUUGGAGAACAGGAAAAGGAAUGUCCAUGGCAAUAUAUGAGCCAAUCAUCGGAUCAUCCAUUGAUAAAGGACCUGUUUGACAGACAUCAUGAAUACCCUGACACACCAGCCAAGUUUACAGUUGGUUUGGUUUUAUCUGUCGGUAGCAAGGUCCCAUCGGAUUUCACAACAGAACCAGUGGAGAUAGAGAUUGGAAUACAAGAAUUAACCUUAUCUGGGAAGUCAGUCAGGAUAGAUUGUGUUAGAUAUGCUGUUCCUCAUGUAAUAGACAACACACUGUCACUUCUGAUUUCAGUGCGUACUAGCAGUGAAAAUUCUUACUCCGUUUUCUACACUGUAAAACCAGUAGAUGGGUAUGAGGCGGUGUCUAUUCUUAAUCUGAUCAGGAAAUCAAUGUUUAGUAAAAUACUACAGGAUGCCCAUUGUGAUUCUGAACUAGCCAUAAAAGCUAUGAAUUUUAAUCGGCUCCUUUUCAGUGAGAAUCUUGAAUGUUCUGUGACACCACAGCCUGAUGGUAAGGAGUUCUAUGUAAGGAUAGACCAGGAAUGCAUGUGCUUCUAUCAUAAUCAGUUUGAAUCUGUGCCCUGUGUUGAACUUUUCUUCUGGAAGGAAAGAGGAAGUAAUGUCAUAGAGCGUGUAAUGAUGAUCAAUGAUACUGGGGAAAUAAGAUUUGAAAGCGAGAACACCACAGUUUUAGUUAAAGACCAGAGAAACAUAGACAAAUUCAAAAGUGUUAUAGCCAGCAACUCCUCCAAGUCUAAAGAAAUCUUCCAAGAUUACUCUUCCCUGGUGAGAUUCCUUGGUGGCCAACCAGGAAUACAGAAAAUUGAUCUACCUGGACCCUCACGAUUGAAUGAACUUCAAGGAAAGAGAGAAGACAUAAGUAACCAGUAUGGACAAAGAAGGUACAUCUCAGGGAAUGAAUUCGAAGAAAUGAUUGAUUCCAUGAUGUCUGCAGAAGACAAGUGUAGGAACACCGAUUUAUAUGAGUCGAUUUCACUGCAGUGGAUUGUUAUCCAAGAUGAGAUCAUAGAAAUCCUCAACUCAGGACUUGUUCCUCCAUGUGACUUUCUCAGUGGAGGUCUAGAUCCAGAUGAUCCAACUCAUUUUAGAAAAUGUUUAGAAGAUUUAGAGGAGAAGAUGAUGAAAGAUCAAAGGUAUGACAUUGCACUGUCACAUGUUCAGGGAAUGAAACAGAUUUUUGCAGCAUGUACCAGCUCCAAAAGGUUACACCUCCUCUUAAAAAACAAUGACCUUGACCUGCUUAAAAUGGUCUACUUCAGGUCUUGGUCGGGAUCAAGCAUGGACACAUAGAGACUUGGAAAUUUUAUGACAGAAGUAUUUUAAUAAGAUUAUUUAU